AUGAUCUCCAAGAGCUCUCGAAGCACCAAUGGGAGCGUCGCUGAUGCAAAUCCACCACCAGAAAAGAUCUCAACAAGCAAAUCCUCUUCAGAGUUUAAGGUAUAUAUAAGUCAGAAAGGUGGAGUUCUAACAAAUAUCCAAUCAUUUUAUGAUAUUGAUGAUGCGAUGGCGGGUUUAUUACAAACAGUUUUCAUGGUCUUUUUCAUGUUUUGCUCACCAGUUAGCGGCUUUCUAGGCGACAGAUAUAAUCGUAAAUGGAUCAUGGUCGUUGGCAUAGCAAUUUGGGUGGCGGCUGUUUUUGGUUCCACACUUGUUCCUGCAGAUGUUUGUUUUUUGAUCCUUUAUUUGCAAAUGAAGUGGCAAGUAUUUUCAUGCCAUUACAAUAAUAAGGAACACAUGAAAUUUUGGUUAUUCCUUCUUUUGCGAGGAAUUGUAGGAGUUGGUGAAGCAUCGUAUGCAGUUAUUUCACCAUCCAUUAUUGCUGAUAUGUUCACCGGACAAAACAGAAGUCGCAUGUUAAUGGUUUUCUACUUCGCCAUUCCCUGCGGAAGGUAUGCUAGUCAGUCAAUUAGUCAAAACAAUGGACAUUCCUAUCUUUGA